CGUUAAAUGGAGGUUACAAAACGGCUCCGGUUUCCAAGGAGACAGAAAGGAGACGAAGAGAGCGCUUUGGGAGGGAAAGAAGAGGGAGCGGAUGUGAAGAAAUUAACAAAUUAAAGAAAAGGCAGAAGGGAAGAAUGAAAGAGGAGAGAUGAAUGAAAGAAUGGUGAAUUCCCUUGCAAGGCUGUAUGAUGGAAGGAAUGGGAAAGGAGAGAGCGUUGUGCACUACUAGACCCUUCCAAUGGCAGAACCACACAGAGGAUGAAGCCCAGCCCUGGCUCUGGAAACUCUCAGACUGCUUCUCUUCCUUUGAACAGAACCCCCUCCCUUUCACUGAGAAACCGAAGGAUUACAUGGAAAACAGGAAGCCUGUGUUGGAGCUGAAGGAUGUCCCCCCGCCACCACACCAUACCAGCUCCAAAUCCUUUCCUACUGCUCCUCUCCCCAAUCCCCCAUCCUGUUUCCAGUCACAACAGCAGGUGCCCCAGCAAAUGCAGCAGCAGGGGGGUGCUAACCCUAAAGUAAGCGUGUGUGCUUGUUAUGAGGGGAGCCUGCGGAACCAACACAGUGGCCGUGACGCUGGAUUUGUCAGCAGCAGCUUUGGUGGUGUUAGUGGUGGUGGUGUUUCUUUGCACAUCAGCAAACCCUUAGACCCCCUUAAUGCCAGUAGUUCUGAUACAAUCACCUGCCAGGUGGGAUCUGCUCUCCGCCCUCCCCUUCCUUCUCUGCGGGACGUGUGUUCUCAAAUUCGUGGUGUUGGCUGCGAGAUCCAGCACCCCACAGUAGCAGCAUCUCAGUCCAUUGGAACCCACCCGCACUUGCCCUGCUGUGCAGGUCUAUUGAGACAGCUACACCCCUUUCCUACAGUGCACAGUGGCUUUGGUCAGACCAAGCUCAUCACGGCUGGGUCCUCUGUUGCCGCCCCGUCCCAUGAUGGGUUCUUGACCUCAUCUAGGUACUAUCCCUGCAGAGAGGAAUUCUUGGAUGGAGCCAGAGCAGAGCAACACUUCUCACGACGGGAUCUCGCCACCUCAGCACACCUUUAUACAAAUCCUUUGCACCUGAAUGUUGAGCACGCACACUGUCUAAAGGGCACUCACUACUGUGGAGAAUGUUUGAGGAAGUCUGUCAGAGCUCCUGUUGUAGACACCGCAAAAGUCUGGCCAAAUAUCCCCCCUCCACCAACCCAGUCUGUCCCCAUCCCUAUUCCCAUGUGCAAUGGCUGUGGUAUCCCAGGCACUGCAACUGAUGGCUUGUUGCAUCUUGGAACAAGCCUUGGCAAAUCAACUCAGAAAUAUGGCUCUCCUGACAGUGAGAAUUCGCCCCCUGUUGGUGUAUUCUGGGAUAUUGAGAAUUGCUCCGUGCCAAGUGGGCGCUCUGCUGUGGCAGUGGUGCAGAGAAUCCGGGAGCAAUUCUUCCAGGGGCACCGUGAAGCUGAGUUCAUCUGUGUGUGUGACAUCAGCAAAGAGAACAAAGAGGUCAUUCAGGAGCUCAACAACUGUCAGGUGACGGUUGCCCACAUCAAUGCCACUGCCAAGAAUGCUGCUGAUGACAAGCUGAGACAGAGCUUGCGACGAUUUGCUGACACACACGCUUCUCCGGCCACUGUAGUGUUGGUUUCAUCUGAUGUCAACUUUGCGUGUGAGCUGAGUGAUCUCCGGCACAGACAUGGGUUUCAGGUUAUCCUUGUACACAAAAACCAGGCCUCUGAUGCUCUCCUGCAGCAUGCACAUCGCCACGUCACUUUUGAGGAACUUGUCUCUGACUUGCCACCCAGAGUACCAGGAAAAACCCAGCCCUGUCACACCCUGCUGUAUGUCUACAACCUCCCCACCCACCGGGAUGGGAAGACUGUCAGCUACAGGCUGCGGCGCCUGUCCGAUAACUGUGGGGGGAAGGUGCUGAGCAUCUCCUCGGGCAGCGCCGUCCUGCGUUUCAGCAGCCAGGAUGCAGCAGAGCGGGCCCGUAAGCGCAUGGAGAACGAGGACGUCUUCGGGAACAAGAUCAGCAUCUCGUUGUCCCCCAGGGACAAGAAACGGUCACAGGGGGAGGAGACGACGGCUAAAGGCCCCCCUUCCUCAUCCUCUUCCUCCCAGGCUGUGGAGAAACACAGAUCCCCUAAGCAUGCAGGACGUACUGCCAGGCUGUGCCAGAGCAUCAGAGACCCUGUGGGUGAGCAGACCUUCAGCCCCAGGAAGGGGGCUCAGGCCAUCAACGGCUCAGCAGUGAAGAACAACGUUCAGGUCAAAAGCCUGCAGGAGAUGUGCCUCAUGGAAUCAAAGCCCAAACUGAAUUAUACACUUGACAAGCAAAGCCGAAAUGAGACCCCCUCCCCACAGAGCAAUGGCGAAACCACUUGCAUCACCUCAGUAGCCACCAAGAGUGUGGGCAUUGGGGAGUCUCCUUACAUAGGCCGGAGAAGAGACUCCUCGACUCCUCGCAGUGUGACAGAUUCCCCUGUCGAGAAAGCUGAAAAAACUUCCAGUGACUUUUACGUCAGUACCCCUUCAGCCUUCAGCAAGCUAAACCUGCAAAGAACCAUGAGCCCCCUGAUCCUGUCUCAAGGAUCCUGGUCAUCCCGCUCCAGGAGUGGAUCCCCCUGCCUUUCUAAUCGUUCCUCUCCGCUGACAGCGCCAACCCAAAAUCCCAGCCCCUGCCCAGAAGCCACCCAAGGCCCCUUUACAAACGGAGUCGACAUUCAAGUGGCAAACUUGGAUUACAGAAUGUCCCGGAAGGACCUGCAACAGAUCCUGCACGACACUUUCUCGAAGCAUGGCAGGGUGAAGAGUGUAGAGCUGAGUCCUCACACAGACUAUCAGCUGAGGGCCACGGUACAGUUUGGUACUUUACAGGAAGCUAUUCGUGCAGUGAGCGGGCUGCACCGCUACAAGAUUGGUGGCAAACGUAUUCAGGUCUCCUUGGUCACUGGCAACAACAGCAGGACUCUUGCCCUCCUCCGUUCUGAAAUCAUCACUAUUCUGCAAGAUGCCCCAGCCUGCUGCCUGCCCCUGUUUAAAUUCACUGAAAUUUAUGAGAAAAAAUUUGGGCACAAGCUGGGUGUGUCUGACCUGAACAAGCUAACAGACACUGUGGCUGUGCGAGAUCAGGGAAACAGCAGGCUAGUGUGCCUGCUUCACAGCAGUCAGGCACGACAGAGCCCCCUGGGGUCUUCACAGUCACAUGAUGGUUCAUCGGCCACCUGCAGCCCAGUGGUGUUUGAGGAGCUUGAAUACCACGAACCAAUCUGCAAGCAGCACAGCACUAACUAUGAUUUCAGUGAGAGUGAGUUUGAUCCAGACUCCUAUAAAAUCCCCUUCGUUUUUUUGUCCAUGAAAACUUUUGCAUCCCAGGUGCAUGGCUUGCUGCAGACACAUGAGGGAACUGUCCCAUUGCUCAGUUUCCCUGAGUGCUAUGCGUCAGAAUUCAGCCCUCUCAAGCUGGUGGAGGAGGGGGAAGGAGGUGUCCCUCUAGAGCACCUUAUCACUUGCAUCCCUGGCAUCAAUAUUGUCACUGCUCAGAACGGCAUUAAGGUUGUGAAGUGGAUCCACAACAAGCCACCUCCACCUAACGCAGCAGAUCCAUGGAUUCAGCGCUGCAAGAGUCCAGUUGGGAAUCCCCAGCUGAUUCAGUUCAGCAGGGAGGUGGUCGACCUGAUGAAGAACCAGCCUUGUUGCAUCAUACCGAUCAGCAAUUUCAUACCCACUUACCACCACCACUUUGCCAAGCAGUGCCGCGUCUCUGACUACGGCUACUCCAAGCUGCUCGAGCUGCUGGAGGCCGUGCCCCAUGUGCUUCAGAUCCUUGGGAUGGGUUCCAAGCGUCUGCUCACCCUGACACACCGGGCCCAUGUGAAGCGUUUCACCCAGGAUCUCUUGAAGCUUCUUAAAUCCCAAGCCAGCAAAGAAGUAGUCAUCCGGGACUUCAUGCAGGCCUAUCACUGGUGUUUCUCCAAAGACUGGGAUGUGACUGAAUACGGAGUGUGUGAGCUGACAGAUUUGUUAGCAGAAAUUCCAGAUACGACAGUCUGUGUAACUCAAGAAGACGGUGACAUGGUUAUCUCAAUUCCUAAAAGAGAACGCACCCAGGAGGAGGUGGAGAGGACAAAACAGUUUGCCAAGGAGGUGGUGGAUCUCAUUCGCCACCAGCCUCACUUCCGCAUGCCCUUCAACAAGUUCAUCCCUUCGUACCACCACCACUUUGGGCGUCAGUGCAAGCUGACCUACUAUGGGUUCAGCAAACUGAUGGAGCUCUUCGAAGCCAUCCCAGAGGUGCUGCUGGUGCUGGAGUGUGGGGAGGAGAAGAUCCUGGCCCUGACUGAGGUGGAGAAGGUUAAAGCGCUGGCUGCUCAGUUUGUGAAACUGCUCCGAUCCCAGACGGAUAACCGCAUACUGAUGAGUGACCUGCUGGCUGAGUAUGGCAAGACCUUCGGCUAUGGGAUGAGGCUGCAGGACUUUGAUGUCAGUUCGGUGCCGGCGCUGUUGCAGAAACUGUGUCAUGUGGUCAAGAUGGUGGACUCUCCGGCUGGCCGAGAGAUCCAGCUGAUAAACAGAAAGUCUCUGCGCUCCCUCACUACCCAGCUGCUGGUGCUUCUCAUGUCCCUGGAGAACCCUUCAAGCCAUCUCUGCAUCGACCAGCUCCUCACACAGUAUGAGGCAAUCCACGGCACCCUUCUCAACCCCUGCGAGUACGGCUUUGUGUCUCUCAGUGAGUUGCUCAAAAGCCUGCCCUACCUUGUUGAGGUGUUUGUGAGUGAGGAAGACGAUGUGCAGAAGGAGUGUGUGAGACUGACACGGCUAUACCAGUUUGCCCGCAGUGUCAGGGCCCUGCUGCACACCUACCACUACCAGCAGAUCUUCCUAAGUGAAUUUCCGAGUGCCUUCAGCAAGUACACAGGAAAGGGGCUGCAGCAUCGCGCCUAUGGUUACAGCACAGUGGAGGAGCUUUUGGGAGCCAUCCCACAGGUGGUCUGGAUAAAAGGUCAUGGACACAAAAAGAUAAUUGUUCUGAAGAAUGACAUGAAAGUCCGUUCCAGUCCCUCUUGCUGUCCCACGGACAGUGAUUCUGUGCCUGAUGGCAGCAACCUUCAGGACCCGGCAGAGAGCACAAGGAGCACGCCAAGCCCUGGCUCCAGCCGCACUGACCCAGAGCUGUUGUGUUUGAGCGGUGGUUCCCCUGUGGACCUGUUGUGCGGUCCAGUCCCGUCCUGUUUGCCCUCUCCCCAACUGCACCCCGACCUAGUUCUUUUGGAGCAUGCUGACCUCAUCCAGUUUGAGGAGCGGCCAAGCAACAGCGUAGUCAUUCAGGAUACCUUGACCUCUGACACCAUAACUCCUGCCAGUGGCACAAGGGGUGUGUCUCUAACCAGCCAUGUCCAGAAACCCAGCUCGCCAAUCAUCUCUCAAGUCAACAAACCCCCACCACCUUGCACACUGAAAGGAGCUGUAACUGAGAGUUCAGCCAAGAAGACAUCUCGCAACAAAGUGAAGCUGGCAGCUAACUUCUCCUUUGCACCCGUAACUCGACUUUAACCACCACCAUUACACACGCACACAUAAUGAAGCCAGAUAUAUCCACACCAACAGAACGUGUCUCUGUAAUCUACCUUUUUUAGUUGCCAUAUAUAUAUAUACAUAAUUUUUUCUUGUUGAUACUUUAGAAAUGUCUUAUGAUUUGCCAGCUGUGUACUGCUGUAUACUUUUUUUUUUUCGUAUGUGGAAACUUUUUUUUAAUGUCAUUACCCGUAUUUCACAAAAGAUUACACCUAUUUUAAUUGAUCAAAACAGUCUAGGCCUGGUGUAAUGUUUCAUUUAGCAGUGGCUCUGCCUCUGCAGGUUUUGUUUUAAAAUGGCAUGCAUGUUAUGAGACCUUCAUGCAAAGCCAUGGUGAAAAGUGGAAAGACACCAUUUAGUUAUAGAAAAACUUGCAUCUUUAAGUUUGCAUUUUCUUUUUCUCCUACUCUUUAAAUGUAAAAAGCAGAAGAAACUGGUUUAUACUUGUGAUUUAGUGUAAAUAAGCAAACAAGAUUACAGCUUUAAACUGAGUAAGUUGUAACUGCAUACCAGAAUCUCAUGAAAUGUAUUGUGUGUGUGUAACAGUGCAAAAGCUCAAAUUCACCACACAUAAACAAGUGUCCUCAGAUCUGAUUUUACAGUAGAAUGAAAAAUGAACUGUAAACGUGGCCAAAAUGCUCUUCUGGGGGGGAGGGGGCACGUGUGUGUGUGGGGGAGGGGGUCUUUUAGCUGGCAGGUACCUUUUCCAGGUAACCUGCACCUUUCACCACAGCAUGGGGUUUGGGCUUCUCUUAAAACCUGCAUUUUCAAAGGAGCUUGUAUCUGUCGUUAAAUGCACUUUAUUACUGGUGCUAAUUUAGCAUAACAGCAGUUUUGAUUUCGUUUUUGUCUAAUUUAAUUUGGCUUUACAGCUUUGGUGCAUACCUGUUGACUGAGCCUAGUAUACAGUUUCACCUUUGUUAUUAACUGACCAAACUUGACAUACCAGUAUGUACAGUGUUUGCUUCAAACCUCUUGGUAAAAAUCCAGACUUUCAUGUUGGUUUUUUUUUGUUUUGUUUAACACAAGAAAUUCUGCUCCAGUUGAAGUUUGUGUAUUUUGUAUUCAUUCUGCAAUUGACUGCUUUAGGACAGUGUUAUAUUUUGUUCAUUGCAAUGAGUUUGACUUUUAAGACCCAGGAGUCUGUUAGUCUGCAGAGAGAGUCUGUGUGUAUGUGUUUGUGGCACAUUUAUACUGAUCUGAUCCACUCGAAAACCAGGGACUAUCUUUGUUGUGGUGUUUUUAUGUUCUAUGUAAGUUUGUAAUUUUGCCUUGAUGGUGAUUUUUUUAGGAAAGAUUGUGUGAAAAGGACAUGCCUAAGCCUCUACCAAAGCAGCUCAAAUGGAUACUGGUGUGUAACAGUGCUUCACACUUUGUUAACUUAGGGGCUGAGCAUUUGAUUUACGUUUGGGUAAUUUAUUGUGAAGUUGUGGACUGCCGUUUACAAGGCAAGGUAUGGUGUGAAAUAUGCAUCUAAUGCAUAAAUCGCAGCUGGUUUUGAAGAAAGGAAUCUGAGGGAAUGAUGAGGCAUGGUGGGGGGUAGGUGAAUUACUUUGUAAGCCAUUUCCAACCGGGAUGACACCUUCUGGGUAUCGGUGGAAAUGUCAAGGUUGGUUUCUUUAACCUUGUUGGUUUAUUUGUUUCUUUUUAAUUAAACAAUUGAAAAAAAAAAAAAAAAA